AUGAUGUAUUACAGCGAUCUUCUCGGGGCUGCGGAGAAGGAUACUUCCUCGCGUAAUUUCUGUAAUUUGGUGGACGCAGCCGUUUUGUUUUACGAAGAAGAACAACAACGUAAAGGAAAAUCCAAAUGCAACAGUACUGAGAAACAAGAAGAAGAAGAGAGCGACAAGAGAUUCUUCCAUCUUUUCCCAAGAAAAUCAAGAACUUCGGUUAAGAGAUUUGUUUCUAAAAGAAACCCACAACAAAACCCUAAUGUGCCUUCUUCUUCUUCUUCUUCGUCGCUCCUCGCUGAUUCCGCCACAGAAGACACACGAAACCCUAAUUCCCAAUCGUCUCUGUCUUCGUGCUUAACAGAGAGCAAAACCCGCAAGAGACGUGCCGUGCAAGAGAGUAAGCGUAGUACUGGUAAAACCAAGAAAGCAAAGGUUGAUACUUUUUCAUGGGAAGGCAGAGAAACUCCAGAGUGGCUAACACAGUUUAUGAAAGACACGAAUGAGACUGUAGUUAAGUGGGGAGAGAGAACAGACUUGAGUCUAAUCUUCGAGAGGACUCUGUUCAAAACAGAUGUGAACCCAGCAGAGUGCCGUCUCUCGAUGCCUUUCAACGAGCUGAUCCGUAAAGACUUCUUGACGCCUGUCGAGUCUAGGAUCAUUGAAGAAGACAUCAACAACGUUAAAAAGAUUGGAAUUGGAGCGAUUCUCGUGGAUCAAAGGAAUGUAAAGUGGGGUGUGAUGUUGAAAAGAUGGGAGAUGAAGAAAGAUUCAGGGAAAGGAAGCUGGAAUUAUGCUUUGACUUGUGGGUGGAACGAGAUCGUCAAGGCUAAUGGAUUGGAACAAGGACACGACAUAAGUAUCUGGUCUUUCAGGUGGGGUGGGCUCCUCUGUUUUGCCCUUGUUACUCCUCCUCCUUCCAUGGCACAAAGUAGCUCUUCCCUUGCUCUUUGUCUCUAG